AUGUACAAGUGCGAAAAGUGUAUGCGAAACUACAGACAAAAAAGAUAUUUGAGUUAUCAUCAAAAAUACGAAUGCGACGUCACACCACAGUUCAGAUGUCAAGAUGGUUCUCUGAAAAUAUCUAGCAGACCAAAUUGUAAUCUGACACGUAGAAAGAAAUUGCAUAUUAAUGAUUGGAAACACCAAAGAGAAGAGCACAAUCUUAUUUCUGAAAUAAAUCAAUUGGAUGGAAGACGUAUAACUACGGAUAUUUCUUCUGAAAAUUAUUCUGUUACCAAAACUUCAAUUGAAUAUGACAUUGAUGCAACUUUGGAAAUCAAGGAGGAAGUCAUAAAAGAUCCAGAGACUUCUUCCGACAAAAUUACGAGUCAAAAUCACCAUAUAAAAUAUGAGUUAAAAUUAUGCACUGUAGAUAUAAGAGGGGAUGAUAUUUUGUCUGCUAGCAAACCGCAGGGGCAAACGAAGCGGAAAAUUCAGGAAUCAAAACAGGAACCGGAAAAGAAUUACGCAUGUGAUAAGUGUGCUCGAACCUAUAAAAAGAAACGUUAUUUGUCUGAUCAUAAAAAAUACGUUUGUAACGCCAUCGCACAGUUCGAAUUUCAAAAUAGAUCUGGGAAAACAACUGCAAGGCCCAAAUGUAAAUCAAAAUGUGAGGCGAAAUCGUCUACCAAUGUUUCGAAAAACCAGAGUGAAGAGCACAAUCGUAUUUCUGAAGUAAAUCAAUUGAAAGAGAGAUGUGCCUGUAUAACUACUGACAUAUCUUCUAGAAAUUAUUCCGAUGACAAGCCUUUAAUUGAAUACAACAAUGACGAAACUUGGAAAAUCAAGGAUGAAGGCAUCCAAGAUCGAGGGACCUCCUCGGAAAAAGUUAUGAAUGAAAGUAAUGACAAGAAAUUUGAGUUCAUUUUAUGUACUGCAGACGUAAGACUAGAUGAUAAUUUGGCUAAUAUAAAACCACAGAGGCAAAGGAAGCCGAAAAUUCCGGAAGCAAAACAGGAACUGCAAAAGAAGUACACAUGUGAAAAAUGUGCGCGAAGCUAUGCACAGAAACAUAAUUUGACUGCUCAUGAAAAAUACGAGUGUAACGUCAUCCCACGGUUCAAGUGCAAAUUCUGCCAAAAACGAUUCAAACGGAAAAAUCACUUGUGUAGCCAUGUGGAUAGCGUUCAUCUUAAAACGGAUUUGCAGACAUCAAAAACGAGGCAUAAUUGCGAUAAAUGUUCUCGAAGUUACUCUUGGCUAAAAGAUUUAAAUCGACAUAAACGUUCAGUACACGAAGAAAACGAACUAAAGGUAGUUUGCGAUUAUUGUGGCUAUAAAACUUCCCGGAAAGGUGUCCUGACAGAACAUAUUUCUUCACUUCAUCUGAAGGAAUGGACGAAACGAAACAUCAAACGUUAG